GUUGACACCACGGGAGUCGUGGUGACUCCUGGUGAGGCUGCAAACGCUCCAACCAUGACUAUUACAGGAGCAUCGUCAGGUGACAUGUUCAGCAUUUUGAUGUUAGAUUCAGACGGGAAGGGAGAUGUCGGCUUGCCGUAUAAACCACUGCUCCACAUGCUUAUCACAAACAUAACGAAUGCAGACCCGAGUACAGGAACAGUCAUUGAGCCGUACGUGGGACCGGUGCCCCCGCCCUGUGGCGUUGCCAGAACCUACCACUACCUCCUGUUUAAACAGACCGCCGCCUUGUCUCUGUCCGCCGCUGAUCUCCCAACGUACACACCAAACUGUAACUUUCCUGGCCUCGAGGGCAAGUGUAGUUUUGAAGUGACAAACUUCACGUCUACCAACCAACUGACCACAGUGGGUUACGUCACCAUGGUAGCGGGUGUAGAUGGGUAUUCCCGUUGGAGCUACGUUAACAACCCAGCGUUGGGGCAAAAUGAAGCAUCUGCUUGCCAGGGGCUUGAUGGGUAUGAUCCCUGUCCAACAGCGCCUCCUGGCAGCAGCAGUGUGAAUGUCAUGGUGUCUAUGUCUGCUGUCAUGGCGUCCGUCCUGUGUCUUCUACUUAGUUUUAUCUUUGUUCUUAACUAGAGUAAGCCAAGAGAGUAGCAUUGCCGACAAAGUAGAUGUUUUUUGUGAAACUUGUGAAGUCAACUUUGCCGUCGCUUCAGGCCAAUUUCAUGAGUAUUUUUUUCAUUAAUGGCUGUUUCAACCGAAGUGAUUUGUAAUGCAGAAACUGGAAUGUACCAGUACCUUGUUUUAAUACCAUAUUGUAAUCAAUUGUUCAUUGAACAAGCACAAUUCAGCAUUUUAUUCAACAAAGUGACUGAAGGGACACAUUGUUUGAUACACUUUCUUACAUCAACUGGUCAAAGCCUUAAUUUGCUAUGGUGUGAAAUAAAGGGAGUCUGUAAGAAAAGACUGAAUGGAUCUCUUAAGUAAAUAUUGGGUAAACGUGUCAAUGGUAAAAUCUUAAUCAAACUUACUGUAUUGUUCUAUCAACUAGCAGACGUUCACUCUCCGUGCACCCGACGCAAUGUGUACUUUAAGCCACGUAAAGCUCAAUCAAAAUGUGUCACGACAAGCCAAUUUACAUUAACAUUACUGUAUAUUAUAUAUUGUAAAGCAGUACAUACAAAGUAUUGAAGAAUUAAUAAAGAGGUGGUAACAUCAGUCACGUGGUAACGUAAAUAACAUCAUCAUUGUAGGUCAAUUUGGCAAACAUAAGACUACCCAUCAUGAUCAGCAGAUCAACCAAUGAUAGCAUUGUAAUUAGUAAACUGACCAAUAAGAGAACGGCUACAUGUCAAUAAAACAUUUUGCAUCA